AGAUACUCGCGGCAUCAAAUCGUUGUUGCCUUACCCUCCUUGGUUGGCACAUAUACUAAGUCCCAAGCAGGUGGGCAGCUUUCGUUUUAUCUCAACUCCGUGCUAUUUUUGCAGCUCAAGGUUGCGUCCAAGUGGAUGAAGAACAAAGACUCCUAUCCCGAUUCUCACCAGACUUCUGGACAUUCAUCCCCUCAUCCCCUAACCAUUCACAAUGCCUCCCAACAAUAAUGCGAUACCUCCCCGUAAGGAGGCAACAGGCCAACCAGCUCUGCCAUUGGCCCGUGUGAAGAAGAUAAUCGGCACAGACCCCGACAUCGGUAUCUGCUCAAACAACGCAGCCUUUGUGAUCACUCUAGCGACAGAAAUGUUUAUUCAACACCUCGCCGCUGAGGGCCACAACAUGGCCAAGGCCGAACGCAAACCCCGCCGCAACGUCCAGUACAAGGACCUGGCAACCGCCGUGAACCACCAUGACAACCUUGAGUUUCUCGAAGACAUCAUCCCCAAGACCGUUCCCUAUAAGCAGAUCAAGGACCAAGCCGCCGCCGCCCGCGCCCAGCCCAGGAAAGCCGACCAGGAGCCCAAGAAGCGUCAGUCCACCCUCAAAACCAGCGCCGUCAACGGCGUCAACGGCUCCUCCGCUCGUGCUGCCGCUGCCGUCACCGCCGACCCCCUUACGGCAGCACUUCACUCGGAUGACCCAAGCGCGCAGCUCGAAGUCGAGUCCCGCCAAGCUGCCGCUGCAACCGCCGCCGCCGACGAGGACGAGGACGUCGACAUGACGGGCUAAGGCCCUCGCCGGGCCGCCCUCGGUCUUCCCUCAGAAUCGUAUAUGAACCCACUUUCAUGAGUCGGCUUUCAAUGAGGCUGUCGUUGUGCGAAGAAGAAAAAGGAGACGAAAGAAAAAAGGGGUGGUUGUUGCAUGCCGAAUACAUACUUCACCAACGUACAUACCAAAACACCAGGAGUUUGUUUGUAAGAGAAAAGCACCAUUGAGGAAUUGUAUGAUGAACAGGCCUUUUCUUGGGUUUCCCCAGAUGCCCAUCAAUAAGAACG